AUGUCUAAAACUGGAGUUGGCGGCGUAAGUAAAGCGGCCAUCUUGCGACGGAUGAAGGAUCUAUCUGCAAUGUUGUCCAUCCUCAUCUAUGUUUUCCUACUAUCUGCUGGAACUCUGUGCCUAAAGAUAGAAGAAGGCGCAGGACUCUUUUCAGGUGGUUUCAACUUGCCAUGGAAGGACCAAUUGUGCUAUGACUUACCUUCACCACAGGAGGAGGAGGGUGGUGGCCCACCGCAACCUGAGAAAAAACAUUCCGAAUCAAAACUCUCACAACACCCUCACUGCUACUUCAGGAGUAUUUCAACAGGAUCAAGCCUUGAUAAAUGGGCCUCAGGCGGUACCUGUUUAAACAUGCUGUGCAGGAUUGAUGAAAAUUGGGAAACUUUGAUUUGUGAGUUGGGGGUUCCCAGACUUCCUUCAGGCGCUUUGAACUCUGUUCUCGUUGCAGUUGGUCUAGAGCGCUUAAUGAGCCCCAAAAAUAAUACAGCAAUCACCUCCAUGAAUAUGGAAUCAAAUGAACCUGUUUUCUGUGAGACACAGGAUUCCUGUAAGUGGUCAAUUCCAAUUGGCUCUGAAAGUUUAGUUACUGUUGUAACUGUCAACAUAUCCGGCUGUGAAGCUGGACAAGUUCUACUGAACACACCAUCUCGGCCUGUGAAACCCAGAAUUCCUGUCAACCUGUCACAUUUCCAGACCAUCAAGCCAGAACUAAUUUUACAGUGGGACGAACCAAAAGACCACGGUUCUGGCCCUUUAAGAUAUGAGGUCCGGUACAGAAUUCACACUCACCCUUCUUGGCAGGUGGUUUCCACAGGGCUUGAGCGCAGGCUGGUUCUUGAUCUGAAGCCUGAAGUCAACUACACCAUGCAGGUUCACUGCUCGGGCCUGCAUGAGCGUCCAUUAUGGAGCAACUGGAGUGAACCGUAUCACAUAUACCUUUACAAGGUGACAUACAUUCCUCAACAUGUUGUGGCUCAUCCUGGGGAGAACGUCAGCGUUUAUUGUGUGUUCAAUGACCUCAGCAUCAGUGCCAACUCUGCCAAGUGGGUACUAAACCACGACCAGUUUCUCCCUUCCAGCCAGUAUUACGCUGUUAACCAACGGGUCAGCCACAUUACAUUACAGCCAUCAGACUUGGAGAUGUACCACGUGCUGCAAUGUGCAAAGGAGCUAUCUCAUAGCAACAUCUAUCUGGAAGGAGCCUCCAUCGACAUCAAAUGUCAGACUAAUGGGGAUGUGGAUGCUAUGAAUUGUAGUUGGAAAGCCCCGCUAUGGAGAAUAAAGCAAACAUUGAAGUUCACAUGGGCUCACUUACCCUGUGAUCAAAUGGAGAGAGAGAGUAUGGGUGAGGAAGUUGGAGAGAUGUGUUCUGAAUAUCCCCAGAGUGGAUCCAAGAUAGAAACCUGUAAAAUCUACCCUUUACGGAUGAGUUGCCACAAACUAUGGCUAGAGAUUCUGUACCAUCAAAGCCCUAUCAGAUCCAAACCCAUUUACAUAUCACCUCAAUAUCAUGUAAAGCCCCACGCACCAACUGAAGUAAAGGCAGAGAAUCUGAAAAGUGGCUUCCUGAAUAUAACGUGGAAGCCACCACAUUUGUAUGUGGACGAGCUCCAGUGUCGAUUCCGACUCAACUCUGCAGCUCCGCCAGAGUGGAAGCUCUAUGGUCCAGUGACGAAAUCGUCGGCAGUGGUUCCACUUCCGGAUCCAGACAUAUGCAAGAUUUAUACAGUUCAAGUCAUGUGCAAGCCCAAAAACCUUACUGGCUACUGGAGUGACUGGAGCGACUUUGUCUACUCUAAACCCCCGAACAGUAGCGCUCCUAAACAUGGUCCUGAUUUUUGGAUAAUUGUUGAAGAUGGUCAGCUCACAAACUGUCCAAAUGUUUCAACCAGAGGAGACCCUUCAGCCUACACAACUUUUCUGAUCAUCGCCCUCCUCUCCCUCGCCCUUUUUGUCUCCCUGGUCCUCUCCCAAAACCAGGUCAAACGGUUUGUUUGGAAGGAUGUGCCCAACCCAAAGAAAUGCUCCUGGGCAAAAGGGCUCAACUUUAAGAAGGCUGACACCUUGUUCCAGCCCUCAGAUGUAAUGCCAGCCUGGCCACUGCUGCUUCCCUCAGAGAACAUUUCCAAAGUGGUCAUUAUGGAAAAGGGUAAUCUCUCAGUUCUCAGCAAGGCCUUGGUCCAAAGCCCACUCAUGUCCCCGACUCAGGACAUAGUUUCCCUUCGUUCAUUUCUUGAUGGGAACCAAAACAUGUCAGUGGGCAGUGAGGCCCUCUUGGUUGGCAUUCCCCAUUCAGUCCUAGCUUUGGAUAGUUCAACCACUUCCAGCGCACAGCUCGAUGAGCUGCAGCUUGUCGAUCCCUCACCAAGUAUCACGGAAAAUUCAGCCCAGUCUUCCGUUACGUAUGCCUCAGUGCUGAUCACUAAUCCAAAGCAGGAGCAAGAGACCAUUCGUCCUCAUGAUCGAGACGGCAGCGGCAGUAGCUCCACCGACGAGGGCAAUUUCUCUGCCAACAACUCAGACAUUUCCGGAUCCUUCCCUGGUGGCCUGUGGGAGCUUGAGAGCUGCAAUGGUGCAGAGAUAGAAGACCCGCGUGGAUCCUGCUCCUACAACUCUGUGGAAGAACUUUUUGAAACGUCAGAUCAAGAAGAUGCGACAGAAGAGAAGGGCUUCUUUCUGGGAAUGGACUAUGAAGUUAAGGAUGAGGUGGGAGAGGAAGAGCAGAAAGAAGUGCUGUUGAAAACUAUUAUUAUGAACAGCGAUGACUGCUCAGUGGAGUCGAACCUUACGCCCACUGAGCUGCUUUCUACAUCUACUUGCGACUUCUCGCCACUCUACAUGCCCCAGUUCAGAACUGCUCCCUACACCAGGCAAAUGCCUGAUUGA